UCCCGACCGACUUCUACUUAAAAAUAAAAUAAUCCAUCUAUGUGUGUACCACACUUUAUAGUCUGCACUAGUCUGGAUUCCUGGUCUGCAGCGUCUGCAGGGCAGCAUAACCUACGCGAACAAUUGUGAAAAUUGUGAUUUCAAAUUGUUUAUAAUGAGUACUCCGAUAUUAACAAAACACCAACAGAGACAUUCGUUGUCAGCGAAGAAAGGAACAGUGAAAGGAUUACGAAAUGUAUUAGCACAGCCUCAAGACAAUUAUUGGCCAGUUGUAGAUGCAGAAAAAUGUUCAUUACUGGAAGGAUUGUUAAAUAAAUUAAUGCCAGCUAUUAAAAGACCGACUAGUUUAAUACCAUGGUCACAGCUCGAGCAUAUGAAGAAGGAAGAACGUGCAAAAGCUAAGAAGGAUGCACUUAAGGAAGAGAAUGUUCCAAAUACAGAGAUAGCAGGGUCCAUAAUACUGGGAAUAAAUGCUAUCACAAGAUCUUUAGAGAAAAAUAAUGUUUGCUGUGUUUUAAUGGACGCAAACAUCGAGCCACAGCUUCUAGUAAAACAUAUCAUUCAUAUGGCACAGAAUAAGAAUGUACCAAUAUUACUGUUACCCAAGUUAAAGAUUGUAACAUUAAAUACUAUUGGAUAUGCAUCUGCUGCCUGUGCCUUAAAGAAUUUUGUAAUGGACUCUGUAGAUCAUCAUUUCCAUCCGCUGUAUCUGACAAUAUGUGAUAUUUUUAAAGAAAUACCUUUAUCAAGAAAUAGACUACAAUUAUUCAAGGACAUCGAUGCAACGCAAGAGAUUGUAUUGUCCGAGGAAGACAAGAUGAGCAUUGAAUCUGAAACAGAUUCCUCGAAACCUACUAAAUUUACGUUGUCUACCGAUGUGUAUGUGUACAGAUCUUCUUGUGAAGAAAGAGUAUUCGUACCACCUAGUGUAACUGAGAGCAAGACGAAAGAACCCGUUACAGAGGAAGUAAAGCAAGAUGACUUUAUUUCCUUAGGUAGUUAUGAUUUCGAAUACGAUGAAAGUAUGGAGAAAAAGAAAAGAUACGUCAAUAUCCACGAAGACAAAAAUUCAAAACGGAAAAGGAAAAAUGGAGAUGAUAAUACAAUCGAUGUAAAAUAUUUGCCACUGAAGGUGAAACGUACGCAGGGUAACGUUAAUCGCGUAAAAGGUACGAAAGUCUCGAAGCAGAAGAAAAAAUGAUAAAAAGAUCAAUGUC